AUGGAGAAUGUUGAUUACCAUUGUGGGGUUGACGCCAAGGAUCUGAGUUUGGUCCCAGACCUAGUACUCCCGUCGAAAUUCAAGACUCCAGAAUUUGAAAAGUAUAAUGGGACUAGCUGUCCAAAAGCUCACAUCACUAUGUUUUGUCGAAGGAUGACAGGAUAUGUUAAUAAUGAUCAACUGUUAAUCCACUACUUCCAAAACAGUCUGAUCGGGUCAGCUGCCAAAUGGUACAACCAACUGAACCGUGCUAAAAUUCACUCAUGGAAGGACUUGACACAGGCUUUCAUGAAGCAAUAUGGCCACGUGACAGACAUGGCGCCUGACAGAAUCACAUUGCAGAAUAUGGAAAAGAAGCAAAGUGAGAGCUUCAGACAAUAUGCCCAAAGAUGGAGAGAAAUAGCAACACAAGUCCAGCCACCUCUUUUGGAGAAAGAAACCACGAUGCUUUUCAUCAACACUCUGAAAGCCCCAUUCAUUACCCAUAUGUUGGGAAGCGCUACCAUAAUCUUAUCAGAUAUAGUAAUGUCCGGUGAGAUGAUUGAAAAUGUAAUUAGGAGAGGGAGGAUAGAUACAGGAGAAAAAGCCAAUAGGUCAAACCUAAAGAGAAAUGAAAAUGAAGUGAAUAAUAUGAACAAAGGGUAUUCUAAAUCGGUCACUGUAGACCAACUGAAGAUAGUAACCACCAACUAUCAGGCCCCUCCGAGAUAA